GCAUUUCUGAGACCCCCAACUCUUUUCCCAGGUGAUCCAAAAUGAAUAUUUUACGCAGCGGGCGCAGCAUUCCCCGCAUCCUGCGGCCCAGUCGUCCCCAGACUCUUCUCCGCACUUCAUACCCCAUACCGCCCUUCGCGACCCGGGGAUUCCACGCCGGUUCGGCGCUGCUGGGCAUUAGGUCUCAGAUCCUCAAGGAUGUCGGUGAAGGUAUCACCGAGGUCCAGAUCAUUCAGUGGUAUGUGGAGGAGGGGGCACAUAUCGAGGAGUGGAAGCCUUUGUUUCAGUAUCAGUCUGACAAGGCGGUUGACGAUAUCACAUCGCGGUACGAAGGCGUGAUUAAGAAGCUUCACUUUGAAGCAGAUGAGACGGUGCCUACCGGAAGUGCCCUCGUUGAGAUUGAAGUUGAUGAUGCGAAAUACCCAGACGAUAACCCGCACCCUGCCCCCGCAGCGGAACCAGAACCAGCCAAGUCUGCCCCUGCAACGGAAGUAGCGGCAGAUACUCAAGCAAUUGAACCGUCCCAGACUGAAACACCGGCGGUACAAGCAUCGGAAUUGCCCACAGAGGUGCCCAAGUCAAAACAUGCAUCCCUUGCAACCCCAGCCGUGCGAGGGCUUCUGAAGACCCACGGUGUCGAUAUUCUCCAUGUGAAUGGGACCGGCAAGGAAGGCCGAGUCAUGAAGCAGGACGUUCUCAAGUUUGUCGAGACUCGAGACUCUCCCGCCGCUGCACCCUCCACUUCUCCAUCUCCCCCGGUCUCAAUCACACCAGACACACGCCAAACCGAGACCCCAACCAACCUAACACCAAUCCAAUCAUCAAUGUUCAAGACAAUGACAAAGUCCCUGACCAUCCCCCACUUCCUCUACGCCGACGAACUCCAAGUCCAGGACAUCACUGCCAUUCGCAAGAAACUAUACAACGACAGCCGCGACCCGAAGAAGAUCACAUUCCUCCCCUUCGUCGUCAAAGCCGUCUCACUCGCCCUAAACGAUUUCCCCCUCCUCAACGCCCGAGUCGACACCAGUGCCGACAAACCAAAACUAAUCAUGCGCUCCAAGCAUAACAUCGGCAUAGCAAUGGACACACCCAACGGCCUCGUCGUGCCAAACAUCAAGGACGUCGCCAGCCGCUCCAUCUUCGACAUCGCCGCUGAGAUCUCGCGUCUCAGUGCGCUCGGCAAAGAAGGAAAACUUACAUCGGCCGACAUGAGCGGUGGAACUAUCACAGUCUCGAACAUCGGGAAUAUCGGCGGAACGUACGUUGCGCCCGUCCUUGUGCCGACGGAGGUGGCUAUUCUUGGGAUCGGGAGGUCGAGGGUAUUGCCGGUCUUUGACGAGGCCGGGCAGGUUGCUCGUGGGGAGCUGGUGAACUUUAGCUGGAGUGCGGAUCAUCGCGUUGUCGAUGGCGCUACUAUGGCGCGGAUGGGCAAUCGGGUUCGGGAGUUGAUUGAGGCGCCGGAGCUUAUGUUGCUUAAAUUGCGAUGA